AUGGCACGUUAUCAACCGCUGCGCUCUGUCACCGUUGAGGAUAUUCAGGCGCUGCAGGGAAUCUCCGCCGCCGCCGCUGCCUAACUCCACCGAAAGCUCACCGAGAUAGUUGCUAAAUACGGAGCUGACGCUACCAAUACAUGGCGGCACAUCUCUCAAUACCUUCUUACUCCGGACCUUCCCUUCGCCUUCCAUCAGAUGAUGUACUAUGGCUGUUACUUUGACUAUGGACCUGACCCGCCUGCUUGGUUGCCCGACCCGGAAGCUGCUAAGUUGACUAACAUUGGUAAGUUAUUGGAGCGACGCGGAAAGGAGUUACUGGGGUCAAGUUAUAAAAAUCCUAUUUCAAGCUUCUCUGAUUUUCAAGAAUUUACAGUCUCAAACUUGGAGAUGUACUGGAAGAUCAUAUUUGAGGAAAUGAAUCUUUCUUUCUCUGUUAGUCCUGAAUGUAUUUUGCGUGAAACUCCAUUGCACCCUGGCGGUCAAUGGCUUCCUGGAGCACGUUUAAAUCCUGCCAAGAAUUGUUUGAGGUUGAAUGCAAAGAGGAGUUUAAGUGACAUAGUUGUGAUAACUCGUGAUGAAGGAGAUGAUGAGGCACCUGUUACCAAAUUGACUCUUGAGGAACUAAGAUCAGCAGUAUGGAGAGUCGCAUAUUGCAUUGAUACACUGGGAUUGGAAAAAGGAUCUGCCAUUGCCAUAGAUAUGCCAAUGGAUGUCAAUUCCGUAGUGAUCUACUUGGCCAUUGUUAUUGCGGGUUAUGUGGUUGUCUCAAUCGCUGACAGUUUUGCUCCAACUGAAAUUGCAACGAGGCUCAUGAUAUCAAAAGCAAAGGCUAUUUUCACUCAGGAUUUCAUUAGCCGUGGUGGCAAAAAACUUCCAUUGUACAGUAAAGUGAUUGAUGCUCAAUCACCAAUGGCGAUUGUAAUUCCCAAUAGAAGCUCCACUUUGAGCAUAGAAUUGCGUGAUGGUGACAUUUCAUGGCAAGAUUUCCUAGAAAGAGUAGACAAAUCUAACAGGGAGGUUGAGUAUAUUGGGGUGGAACUACCUGUUGAAGCAUUCACAAAUAUCCUUUUCUCCUCUGGAACAACAGGGGAACCAAAGGCGAUUCCAUGGACUGCGACUACACCCCUUAGGGCGGCUGCUGAUGGAUGGUCCCACUUGAACAUUGGCAAAGAUGAUGUGGUGGCCUGGCCCACCAAUCUUGGAUGGAUGAUGGGCCCUUUGCUAAUUUACUCCACUCUGCUAAAUGGAGCAACCAUGGCCUUAUACAAUGGGUCCCCCCUUGGUGCUGGUUUCACAAAGUUUGUUCAGGAUGCUAAAGUUACUAUGCUUGGCGUGGUCCCAAGUAUUGUGAGGGCAUGGAAAUCCACAAAUUGCACUGCUGGUUAUGAUUGGUCAUCCAUCUGUCACUUUGCCUCCACCGGUGAAGCAUCUGGUGUGGAUGAAUCCCUUUGGUUGAUGGGAAGAGCUCAUUACAAGCCUGUAAUAGAGAUCUGUGGCGGGACAGAAAUUGGUGGUGGAUUCAUUGCUGGUUCGUUGUUGCAACCACAAUCUUUAUCUGCUUUUAGCACAGCAGCUAUGGGUUGUAGUCUAUUUAUUCUUGGUGAAGAUGGGUCUCCUAGACCAUUUGAUUCUCCUGGGGUUGGUGAAUUGGCCCUUGGUCCCCUUCUAUUUGGGGCAUCAAGCACAUUGUUGAAUGCUGACCACUAUGGUGUAUACUACAAAGGAAUGCCAGUUUGGAAUGGAAAGGUUCUUAGAAGACACGGAGAUGUAUUUGAGCGUACUUCUAGAGGUUAUUACCGUGCACAUGGCCGUGCAGAUGACACCAUGAAUCUGGGGGGUGUAAAGGUAAGUUCGGUGGAGAUUGAGAAAGUUUGUAAUGCAGUUGAUGAAAGUAUCCUCGAGACAGCAGCCGUUGGGGUGCCACCACCUGGAGGUGGCCCUGAUAAGUUAGUUAUCGCUGUUGUAUUUAAGGAUUCUAAGGGGUCAAAGGACAAUUUGAAUUCAUUGAAAGUUUCUCUCAACUCAGCUUUGCAGAAGAAAUUGAAUCCUCUAUUCAAGGUUUCACAUAUAGUAGCCCUCCCUUCACUUCCAAGAACAGCAACAAAUAAAGUGAUGAGAAGAGUAUUGAGACAGCAAUUUUCUCAAGUUGGCUCUAGACUGUGACCUAUGU